CAACUUCAUUUUCAUCCAUCAUAUACUUAUAUCGAUACACAUAAUUAAGUUUCAAAGUGAGUACUUCUUGAAAAUGAAUUCCAAGGCGUUACUUUUUCUAGCCAUGUUGUUGGCUUCCAUCCUUCUCAUUUGUGCAGAGUCUGCACCCAAAGACUUGGACAACAAAGAUGAAAAAAUAGACACAAAUGGAUAUUAUGGAGGUGGGGGUUAUGGUGGUAGGGGUGGUUAUGGUGGUUGGCGCGGUGGUUAUGGUGGUAGGGGUGGAUAUGGUGGAUGGCGUGGUGGUUAUGGUGGUGGACGUGGUGGUGGUGGUUGGCGUGGGGGAUAUGGUGGUGGCCGCGGCGGUUGGGGUGGUGGUUGGCCUGCCGAAAACCAUGAUGCUUAUACUGAUGCUGAACCUCAGAACUAAGCAAGAACUUGAGCUAGAGUCGGUUCAUAGUACUACUACAAUAAAUAAAACUUCAUGUGUGAAGUGUACUUAUGUAGAAAAAGGAAACAUAUACAAUAAAAGUUAGAAUCCUAUGAUCUAGUGUACCUGUUAAAUGAAUAAUACACUUAAUUAACCUUACAUACA